GCUGCUCUGAGUGUGGGAAAAGAUUUGGCCAAAACGGAAAUCUGAAGAGACACAUGAGAACUCACACAGGAGAGAAACCUUUUAGCUGCUCUGAGUGUGGUAGAGCUUUCUCUGAUAGUGGAAACCUGAAGAAACACAUGAGUACUCACACAGGCGAAAAACCUUUUAGCUGUUUAGUUUGUAAGAAAACAUUUUUAAUGUCUAGAAAUUUACGGUUACACAUGAGAAUCCACACAGGAGAAAACCUUUUCAGCUGCAGUGUUUGUUAUAAAUCUUUUAUACAGAGAGGAAUUUUACAGACACACAUGAGAACUCACACAGGAGAGAAGCCUUUUAGCUGCUCAGUUUGUAAUAAAUCUUUUACACAGAGAGGAAUUUUACGGUCACACAUGAAAACUCAUACAGGAGAGAAACCUUUCAGCUGCUCAGUCUGUAACAAAUCUUUUGCACGUAGUGGAAUUUUACAGAAACACAUGAGAAUCCACACAGGAGAAAAACCUUUCAGCUGCUCUGAGUGUGGUAGAGCUUUCACUGAAAGUGGAGCCCUGAAGAAACACACAAGAAUCCACACAGGAGAAAAACCUUUCAGCUGCUCAGUUUGUAAGAAAUCCUUUACACACAGUGGAAGUUUACGAUCACACAUGACAGGCCACACAGGAGAGAAAAAAUUCAGCUGCAGUGUUUGUAACAAAAGAUUUGCCUGGCGUUCUGAUGUCAAAACACAUAAAUGUGUUGGGCAGAUGGAAAUAGAAGCUGAUGGAGAGGAGUGUGGAGGACCAGAACCAGCCAGGAACUCACAUCCACUUUUACAACCAGAGACUGAAGACCAGACUGGACACUCUUCUGACCCUGAGGCUGGUUUGUGCCUUUAAGUCCAAGCAAAACUUCUCAAGUAUCAUACACAAGACUUUAUGUAUCAACAUCUAGAUAGAAGACAUUAUAUUGUGUGGUAGGAAAAAGUACACUCUUAUUUUAAAUAUUUUAUUAGAUAUUGUUUUGUCUUGUAAUGUCUGUCAUAUAAUCAAUUAUAAUCAAGAAAUCAGACAAAUGUAACCACCAACGUUGCAUUCCAGGCAGCGCGGCAAUGGUUAUGUUUAGGGUUAGGGUUAGCUGCCUGGAAGGCGACGUUGGCGGCAAAAAACACCAUCAAGCCACAAUCGUUUGCUUAUU